UAAAGAAAGGGAAUUUAUUGGAGUCGAAGAACUGAAAACCCUCGAAAAUCAAAUCAAUCGCUUCAGCGAAGAGGAAAAAUGAGCGAAAUCGAGGAAUCAGGGAGAGGUUUAUGGCAUUCCGUGAAGAAGAGUUUUCAUCUCGACGAUUACUCCAAAAUUCUCAAUCCCGAUAGACCUUUGCCCAAUCGGAAUAGCGCCGCCGUCCAGCAAUUCAUCGCUUCCGAUCCCGUCCACGGACCUGUGCUCAAGGCUGCAGAUGAAGCAGCUAACUUUGCUUAUGUAGGUGCUGCAGUUGGAGCAAUUACUACUGGUGGAAAUGCUUGGAGGUGGUCAAAGAGUCCUCAUGGUACCGUACUGUCUUUUGCUUUUGGAGCCGUAGUCGGGUUCACCUUGGGAGCUGAGGCUGCCAACCACUGGUACCAGUUAUAUCGGCUGGAUACAGUGGGAGCACAGGUUAAAUUCAAUGAGUGGUUGCAGAAGAGAACUUGAUGAGAUUCUUGAAUUUGGCCCCUCUGAAUAAGAAGAGAUCUCGACUUAAUAAUGAUGUUGUACAUCAUUCGUCUUCGCAUUUAGUACUAGUGUGCUGCUUUCUCAUAGAUCGAAUUGUCUAUGGAUAUUGUUUAUCUCGUUUCUUCCUCUGUGUUUUCGAGCUUUUUAAUUCAAUUUAUCGAUAAAAGAUCGAAUUCGGGCUA